AUUUGUUGGAGAAACCAUUCACUUUCUCAAAAUGUUGCUUCCAUAUCGCCUCAACUCCACCGAAGAUGUCAUGGUAUGGCAACCUGAAGGGAAAUCGUGAAAGUCUGGCGUCACUUCCUUCAAGAAUGAACAUCAUCAUUGUAGUUGCCGUUCUAAAAAAAUCAAAAUAAACUCUUUAACCUUGACGAUGAAAAUUUAAACAAAAACAGGCAUUGCAAGUAAUGCUGGCUGGCUGAUGUCUGCGAUACCACGAAGUUUUCUGAUGGCGUAAAUGAAAAAUAGCGACUGAGAAAAUCUUGAUUAUGAUACCCUGAGUACUUGGUGUUUCAUUGGGAGGAAUCCUGGUUCCUAACUAUGAUUCUUCGAUUUUUAUUUCUCAUUGCGCUCCUACCUUGUCCUCAAGCAACGGAAGUUGGUGAAAAUUUUAUGCUGUUGAACAAUUGGAAUAAUAAAUGUCUCCAACACAAGCCUGGCUCUGCAGCACGAGGCACGGAUUGUAGUCCAAGUAAUUCCCACCAACAAUGGCGUUGGUUAGAUGGGCUGUACUUACAAAAUGUUGGUUCAGAGCAAUGCAUAACAAGUUUACCAAAUGAACCUUUUUUUGAUAUGCAAAACUGUGUUUCAGGCUCUGACGAUCAAAGGUUGAUAUGCUCGUUUAACAUGAUAACUGGAAGUCAACGUGGACAAAAUACAAAAACAUUGGGCAUGAAAGGCAAUGAUGUUAGCUUUAUAAUGUCGGGUAGUGCUGGGGGAAAAAGAAGAAAAUGGAGUGUGUAUGAUGCCGUUAAUAAGAAGUCUAUAUGUAAUGGAAAGGCUUUCACAGAUGGUCGGAAAUGGUGGAUGUUGACAAACGAUGCUCAUGAUGUUAGCAGUGGACUAAGUCCUUUGAUCAUGUUUACAAGAUCAUCACACAGUAUUGGAAUGAUGGACAGUACAGGAAGAAUACAAAAUUUGCUUGGUUUUCUUGACAUUGUCAACACAGCACCUCAUGCUGUAUGGGGAAUAAAUGAUCAUAAUUCUAUGUGGUUUACAGCUCAGAAAGCAUUAAGUUUUGGUCAAGAAUCCGUUUCAUGGGAUAACCAGUUUGGUGCUGGGUAUAGCUUCCUUGACUUCACAAUGCCCGGCACUGGUUUCUCUAUUAUGCAGGACGGAAGAUUUUGUCGUCGACUUGAGGUAACAGAGAGCGUGGUACAAGGUACCAAUUGGGCUUGCGAGGCGUCUUCUGCGAUAGUUGUGGAAGAUUUCUCUUGUGGUGUGACUGGCUGUUUUGGACUCUUGGCUGGAGUUCUACACUUUAGACAGGAUAUAAGUACUGAAUCGCCGCUUGGAACAGGAUGGACGUCUGUUGAUGGCCCGAAACAUGAAGCUUUCGUCAAAAUAAAGGCCGGUCCAAUCUACGAGCUCUGGGGAAUCACUAUAGACGGAUAUCCUUAUAAAAGACUGGGAAUGACUGAUAGUAUUCCUAUAGGAACAGCCUGGGAACUAGUACCGGAUGUUUUACUGAAAGAUGUGUCGUUUGGUAUUUAUGGUCCAGUGGGUAUUGCGAAAUACGUAAACGAAAUUAUUAUUUUGAAUGGUUCUCCUACGUCAAAACGUCAACAAGAGUUGGACGAUUAUUGUGCUGAGAAAGUUUCGCAGUGUGACCCUAGUUCUGUUGCAUCUGGUUGUCCAUCAAAACUUUCGUCUUGUAAAGCUCGUUUUACUCCAAAAACUCUCCAGACACAUCGUUGGAGGUGUUUCACUGACGAUGGUUUGAACUUGGACGGAAAUUUGUGGUUAGAUGGCGAGAUAUGCUUUUACACCAAACAUGAGCCUUUACGAGGAAUUGCUUUAAGAUAUCCAGUUUUUGGCGAUUUUGAAAAGCAGUUAUGGAUGGAUGCCUUUUGUCAAAGAUCUGCCGCGUCGUUCGGGUGUUCACAACCUUAUUUCUCAUAUUUGAAUUACACAACCCAAAAUUUUUGUUGUCGUUCUUUGGUUACAAAGACUUCCUGUCCUGUGAUAGAGGAUAAACAUGAUGAACUAUUUGCUAUGACCAGAGGAACUUGUGCUGAUAAUCCUCUUGUUGAACCUUUUGCAAGCAGUCAGUUCUCAACGUCUUUAAACCAAUUUUAUGUUCCUGUAAAGUUAUCUAGCAUUACCGAAUUUUGUCAUCAAUAUCCCUAUGGAACUGUGGACGUUUUUGUCGAAAUUGAUUUUCUGUUUCGACAUAAGAUUUGCGCUGUCGGUACAAUGGGUAUGAAUGGUUUUUUUAUACCAAACUAUCAAAUUUCUUACGGUGUAAAAAAAGAUAGUUGGAAUACAUCCUCUGUACUCGGAUAUCCUUAUGUAUAUGAAGUUAACGCAACCACGUUAGUUAAACGUUAUUUGCCUGCCCAAGUGGAAGCAAGAUGGUUUCGCAUCACAUUUCAAUCGGUUAAAACUGAAAAGAGAUGUUUGAAAGUUGAAGUUUAUGGCUCUUCUUUAGAAACAGAAGCGGACUCGUGUAGUUACUACAAGGAUCAUCUCGGUGCUGAUCUGGAUGGUGUUUAUAAUAUAUAUCCGAAGGACACGGAAAUAAAGAAGCGGGUAUUUUGUAAAGGGAUUAGAAGUCGUGAACCUGUUGUUGAGUAUCCAUUUGAAGAGCUUGUCGGCAUUGAAGAAAUCGGUUGUUUUCAUGACACUCAAUCACGUGCAUUGCCGGUUCAUUUUGACGUCAGUGCAAACAAUGCUGUUGCACAGUGUCAGGCCAAGGCUCAUGCUGCAGGAUAUGAAGUUUUUGGUAUACAGUCCCCUGCUCUAUGUUUUACUGGACCGCGAGCUCAUCUUACAUAUAAUCAAUACGGUGAAGCAGGGAAUUGUGUGGACGGAAAAGGAGGUGGUUGGAGCAAUACCGUUUAUCGCAUUCGGAAAGCUGAUAAGUUCUUUUGGCCUCUAAAUACAACUGUCGGUGGCAAACCUGCCCCAAUCAAACAUGGAAAACACGCAGUGAAUGUCUUGCAAAGUUCAGGUAGUUAUGCCCUUGCUCGGUUUCCUAACCACUGUGUCACCGACCCUGAACUCUGCGAUGAUGGUCUCAGUCUUGAGUUCUGGUUGUGGUUUGAUUACACAUUUGAUAACAUUCUAACAAGAAUAAUCAAGUCGGGUUUUGGUAAACCACAAGUCACAUCUCGUGGUUUCACAGUAGAUUUAAAAUACCAUCAUAUUUGUAUGGUGAUUCAUACGGAAUGGUACUCGUAUAAAGCGUGUGUUGGUCCUCUUGGAAGACCAAAACAAUGGCUUCAUGUUCUCGCAUUCUGGGAUGUUACUUCUGGACUCACAGUAAUAGUGGAUGAUCUGCAACUGAAUUCCCAGGGAAUAAAGAAAAGAUGGCAACAUCGAUAUUUUGACACCAACAGUGAGCUACGUUUGGGAGAUAUUUAUUAUGGCACUGCCAAGAGAUAUGAAGUUGCAAUUCACUCUCUCACAAUAUGGGCACGAAAACUUUCUAACGAUGAAGUAGAAGCACGGUUUACGAAAGGUUAUACUAUGGGAGCAGAGGGAGAGUCGUGUGAUGUAUAUUGUACGGCAAAAGGAUUAACGUGUGACCCAGCUAUGUUUGGAAAGUUUAAAAACAUCUUUAGUCGUCUGGGUGUGGAGUGCGCCUCAUAUCAGCCGUACGAUCCUUUAGAUAAAGCUCAGCCUUACGCCACGGUGGGUAAAACAUGUCAUGGUCUUUUUGAAAAGGAAAAAAAGAUACCUUGUGGUGCUUCAAAAGUUGCUGUUCGUCGCUUAUGUCGUUGUGAACGACCGGUACACGGAGUGUUCACCGAGUGGUCUCACUGGAGUUUUUGUUCUCGUACUUGUGGAUCUGGACGACGCGUGAGAACUCGUUCUUGUACACAUCCUUCUCCAAGAUUUGGAGGCAAAGAUUGUGAAGGAAUAACAAGUAUGCAUGAUGAUUGCCAGGAAUUGCCUUGUGGCGUGCGACACGGAAUCUUACAUGAGACCUGGCUAGGCAAUCCUGAUUUUAUCCUUUCUACAACUAGUCAAAUUUACAAAUUUAGAAACUACCCGGACAGGCCGUCGUUUUCCCACAUCAUUGAAAACUUUUCAAUGGAAAGCAAUCGUACAUUUUACGCAGAGCGAUUUAGAACAUAUUUCAUCGCCCCAAACGAUGGUGAUUACAUAUUCAGGAUAGAAUGCCCAGUUGCUUGUUCCAUGAGUUUCAGGAAGAGAUACAAAGUGCGUUUACUUGUGAACAUUGAGAAAGGGCCUAGAGUGUUUUCUAGCACCGUCACAGAUCUUGUUGCUGGCGAGAAAUACUUUCUUCUAUUGAGUUCCGUUCACAACGACGUUUCCAAUCCAUUUAAGCUUGGAUUCGAAUGUAUCUCUAGCGGCUUAAAUAUCAAUCCUAUAACUAAAGAGUAUUUAAUGUGGCCAGCUCAAGCUGAGCAAGGUGUAUCAAGGGAAUUAUGGGACGUAAGUCUUAAGGGUAAUGUAUAUGUCUCCAGAAGUAAUACAGAAAAUGUUGUAAAAAAUGAAGGUGAGGCAGACUUCAGCGAAGAACGUGAUAAUUUCGAAAUAGAAAGUUUUGGAAAGUUCUACGUUCAACGACUACAAGGCUACUUUUUAGCAACAUCAAAUGGACAAUAUCGUUUCUACUUGUCUUGUCGUGAAAGAUGUUAUUUGUAUAUGGACGAUGUUUACCAGUUUGGUGACCAUGACACAUGGAUUGACUCGAAAUGGAGCAGUGGAGAGGAAUUCACAAAAACUUUGGAAGGCGGGAAGUUUUACAAAAUUGUUAUACUGCAUUAUCAACGGUCUUGGACACAGGACUAUGUUGCCUUAGGAGUAACUUUGCCUGACGGAACUGUGUUACAUCCAAUCAGCAAACAGUAUUUGUGGCUCAAAAUUCCAGAUAAGCUUGAACUUGAAAGACAACCAGCGCAGAAAAAUGUUCUCUCGUCGUCUCCUGUUGGUAAUGCGUUAGAUGGUGUACCUAAUACGUGUUCAAUGUCCAGUUCAACUACAAAUCCAUGGUUGCAGUUAGAAAGUGAAAUCAUAUUCACUGUAUUUGGUGUCGCGAUUACAAACCAGAUUACUAAUCCUUCAAUGCUUGAUAACGUCGAAGUUAGAAUAGGAGGUCACAAAGCUGUGCAUGCUAGACAUAGAAAUCAUUUGUGUUAUGCUCCGAUUGCUCACAUAUCAUCCGGUGAAACAAGAGCUUAUCCAUGUACAUCCAGACUGAGUGGGAGAUUCGUGAUAAUCUGGUUACCAGGCAACAAUAGAGUCUUGACUAUAUGUGAGGUUGUUGUAUACGGACGGAGGCCUCAAGUUUUCAAAAACAGUUAUGAUCAAGGAGCAGAGGAUGGAAGAGUUGAGCAGUGGCAGACUAGUUCUUCUGAAGCGAUGCCGCGUCAUGAUAAAAGGAAUAUUGCGUUGCAUCAUCCAUACAGUAGUUGGUGCGGGAGUGAAGACGAUUCAUUUUGGGAAGUGCGAUUCAUUGAGCGUCGAAGUAUUGUUGGUGUUAUGACUGGCCCAGAUCCUUUGGAGCAUAAAUAUGUGACUAAUGCAAGAAUUAUGGUUCAGGAUGAAAACGAUGACUGGAUCAUUGUCAAAAAUCAACAACAUGAUCACUUUGGCAUGAAUCAGGAAAUAAGGUUUUUGGACUUUCGGAAAACCUACCAUACUAAAUCUUUGAAGUUCAUCCCACUUUCAUGGUUCCACAAACCUUGUGUCCGCCUAUCAAUAAUAGGAAAACAGUGGGAUAAUUCCUUUGCUUGGCCAUUCUAUAAUGUUGAAAAUACGACACGUAUGAGACUUUCUGGCGCAGAAAGCUUUGUUAAGGUUGGAGGAAAACCAGGAUACCUUAUUCCAACAACCAGUCAUAUUGAGUUAUCGGGACUCAAUAUUUUAUGCCUUUGGGAUCCGAAAAAAUGUUCUGGUAGUUUUGUAAUAGGAAUUCAAAUUUCUGUGAAAGAUGUUUCAGUUGAUGGCGUCAUUUUCAGCACAAGCGGUCACAAUACUUCUGUUGUGGGUACAUCAUUGUUUCUGAAGGAUUCAAAUUUGGUCGUAGCCAUUCGUACAGCAACCAGGAUUUGGACUGUAACUGCGCCUGCAAGCGGUUUAGAUCGUGACAAUUUCACAUAUGUGAUGAUAUAUUGGCAGUACAAUAAUGAUAUUAGUUUAGAAAUUGAUCGUAUUCCUUACACAGCACCAUAUAAGGUGGUACCUGGUGUUCCUUACAAUGGGGAUCUGUUUCCUGGUGUGAUCAAACUUGGUGGAACAGAAUUUAUAAUAAAUUGGUUUACUCUCGACAUAAUACCUUAUACGACAUCGUUCAACAAAAGAAUACAGUAUGCAGCUGAUGGCUGGCAUACAGAGUGGACAUCUUGGAGUUACUGUUCUAGAUCAUGCGGUGUUUCGGGAGUGCAGUAUCGUUACAGGCGAUGUACCAACCCCUUCCCGAUAUUUGAUGGAUUAGAAUGCCCACUGGAUACUUUGAAAGAGACGCGUCCUUGUCCUAAGCCGUCAUGUGAAACAAAUGAUGGCGUUCUUCGCGAAGUUUGGAUGAACAAAAGUCCUCCUCAAUUUUCUUUAUCAAAUGUAUUUGAUGAUUACCCAAGUAAUCUGGAAGUUGUGGCUGACUUUUCUAUCACUUAUAAUGAAGGUCCCUUUGCCGAGAGACUUCGGACUUUCUUACAAGCAAACAAGAGUGGAGAGUUUCAAAUUCAAAUAUCUUGCACUUACCAAUGUGAAUUAUGGAUAAGCCCAAACGAUGUGCCCGAUCACAAGAUGAAAAUUCUGUCACAUGAUGCGAGUAGUAAUUCUCAUUGGCCAGUAAGGAUUUUAACUGGAAGCUACAAUUUCAAAGCCGACGAGAAUUAUUACCUCGAGGUGAGAUCAUUUGACAUUACAGGAGGAAGAAAUCACGAAUUGUUAACAAUCAAGACUCCGGGUUUUGCUGAUCCUGGUUUCUCAUUGGUUCGUCACAAACCUGAUUGUUAUCACGGGCUUGGAGUUGAAUCAGGUGCUAUUCCUGACGGCGAUCUUUACUCGGAUGCCACCCCGCAAUACAGUCGUUUUGGGUACCGCGGUCGAUUGAACGGCGCGUCUCCCCAUUGUGCAAAAAGGCUAAAUGACUAUUAUUUUGCCGUCGAUCUGGUUCAAUUACAUUGGAUUGUUGCUGUCGCUGUACAAGGUUACAUGGAAGGAGGGUUGCAAGGCCAUGUCUCUAAAUUAAUACUUCGAACAAGGCUUGAUCGCGCAGAAAAUAAAAUCACAGACCUUGAUACCGUACCCAAGCUCUAUGAAGCCAAUGAAAACACACAGAAUAUAAAAGUUAUUAAUUUGACAGAGCCAAUACGAUCUCGAUAUGUCACUAUUUGGAUUGAUGAAUUCUAUGGUGAUGGUUGUCUCCGAGUAGAUGUCGUAGGUUGUCAUGCUGGAAACGUUGCAUACUCAAAGGACACCGAACAGUCGACAUUAACAGACAGUGGCAAGGCAGUUGAUGGUUUGUUUUAUCGUUUUUGGAAAUAUUGUUCUAAUCCAAAGCAAAAAGAUAACAUGAUAUGGUGGGUGGUAGAUUUUGGAAGAUCUUACUAUAUUGGUGAAAUUUUUAUCGUUGGAAGACGUGAUUGCUGCCAGGAUCGUAUGCAGAAUCUUCAAGUACGUAUUGGACAUCAGAAUGGGACUUCAAGUCUUUUAAAUCCUCAAUGCGGGGGACUUCAUUCAGUUUAUCCUGCCCGGUCCCUGUCAGUCUAUUGUGAACCAUAUAGAUAUGGACAGUAUUUGACUAUCGCUCGAGAGAGUGCCGAUUCAGAUAUCUCAUUAUGUGAAGUUGCUGCCUUCCAAAUUGAGAAUGAUACUGUAUUUUCAAAUUGGUCUGAUUGCUCUGUCACUUGUGGCUUUGGAUAUGAGCAACGGCAUUCAAUUUGUAUCAAACCGUAUUACUGCAAGAAAGAGGUUGAAGUUCGGCCUUGUUUUGCCGGUCAAAUGUGUGAGAUUUUAAUGCAGAACUGUGGUCAACUACAUGCUCUUGGCAAAACCAGAAGCGGAACGUAUAAAGUUAGACCAAAUCCUGCGAUAGAGAACGAUAUUUACGUAUAUUGUGACCAUGACACGGAUAAAGGCGGUUGGUUUGUUCUUCAACGUCGAUAUUCUGAUGGUGGUCUUAACAUGACUCAGUCAUGGAACAUGUAUCGGGAUGGUUAUGGCAACGUCAGUACUGAAUUUUGGAUCGGUAACAAGUACCUCAGUGAACUCACCAAUCACACUGCUUAUGAGAUCAUGUUUCUUUUCAAAAGUACAAUUGGGAGCACUUUAAAGAAAACUAAAUGUGACGCAUUCAAAAUAUUACCUGAAGAGGAAAAUUAUCGUUUACAACUUGGUACAUGUGAGGGUCCUGAUACCGAAGUUUUAAGAUAUUCAAAUGGGACGGAGUUUUCAACAUGGGACAAAGAUAAUGGGCUGGGUUUAUUAAGCUGUACGUCUCGUAAAAUGACAGGAUGGUGGUUUGGAAAUUGUGAUUCUUAUAUUAACGAGCAGAAUCUAUCUUGUUUUGGACUUGUUUCCUGUAAAUAUGAUGUUACUAUGAUGAUCAAGCCAAAUAAAGUUGAUGGUGGAUGGUCACACUGGACAAUGUGGGAAACAUGUGGUAAGCCUUGUGGUGGAGGAAAUAGUUCACGUGUUCGUUCGUGUACCCAUCCUCCCCCUACUGGUGGCGGAGAUGACUGUGAAGGAGCUUGGAACGAGACACGUGGCUGCAACACAAACUCAUGUCCUGAAAUUGAACUGAAUAUGACGAUGCGAUUUACGGCGGAAACGUGGACGGCAGACUUACUGAUUGCUGUGUCAAGUACAUUCACAGAGCUGGUGAACAAAAUCAGAAAUAAUAUUUUAUCAAUUUACGAGAAUGAUCCAGCAAUUAGCGUCCUUGUUCACGGAUUCAGACAAGGCAGUGUGAUAGCAGACGUUUCAAUAAAAUAUGAAGCCCUGGACGCUCAACAGCUGAUUGUUUUACAAGAAGAUCUUGAUCAAGAUGGAUUACUCAAUCAGAAUAUGCCAGUUGUUUACAGUCAUAGCGAGAUUGUAGUCACUGAAGUUCUCUUUGGUCCCCCUGUGAUAACGGAAUCUGGCAAUUCAAGUUCAUCGAGUAUUUAUUUGAAAUGGCAGCCACCAAAUUCAACUGAACUUCAUAAAAUACUUGGGUACAGGAUAUUUUACAAAAAAAGCAAUAACACAUCGUUGUUUAUGUCAGCUCUGGCUGUCGAGAAAGAUGUCUUCGAAAUUGAAAUUAAUGAUCUGGAAUUUUAUACGAAUUAUUCUGUGAGAGCGUGUGCAUUUUCCUCAUCUGGCAAUGGCGUACCAACUACACCACACUAUAUCAUGACUGAUGAAGACGUUCCGAUUAUUGCUCCAGUGAUAAUAUCUGCUUAUAAUAUCAGUUGCACAUCGAUGAAUAUAUCUUGGCAUCCUGUUGACCUGCCGUCAUUCCGCGGUGUUCCUACGGGAUAUGUAUUACACUACAGGAUAAAGACGUCGGACAAUACGACAGCAUUUUUUAAUGCAACAAUUGAAGAUUACCUCGAGACAAGCAUCAAUAUUUCCGAUUUAAUGAUCUAUAAAGAAUACGAGAUAUAUAUGACCGCAACGACAAUCAAAGGGCAGGGAAAGCGAGGAGACUAUGUGUACUUGAGGACAGAUGAGGACGUUCCUCAGAUAGGUCCUCAGAAUUUAACGUUGGAAAACAGAACUUCAACAUCGCUGCUUAUUUCCUGGUCAGCGAUCCAUCAGGAAUACGUGAAUGGUGUGUUGCGAGGAUAUGUCAUUGAAUACUGGCCUAUUGAUGAUGUUAAUGAUACCAAGAAUGCUACUGUUGGUCCAGGAAAGACGGAAGUUGAGCUCAUUAACUUGUUAAAGUUCACUAACUAUAGUAUAAAGUUUGCUGGCAUGACUUGGAAAGGAAUUGGAAACUGGAGUGACACUAUGUUUCAGACUGCUGAAGAUAUUCCAGAUUGGGGUCCACUGGAUCUUACGGCUCUCAAUGUCAGCGAGACUGCAAUCAAUGUAACUUGGGCUCUCAUUCCUGAAGAAUACAGAAAUGGUAUCAUCAUUGGUUACAGAGUUCAUUUUGUAGAUUUCUAUCGACAUUCAGGAAAUGUUACAGUUCCAGCAUCACAAAGAAAUAUAAUUUUGAAGGACUUGCGCUCCUACACGAUGUACAACAUAAGUGUGGCCGGGUUAACAAAGAUUGGAGAAGGAUGGAAAAAGACUUCUGUGUUGACAAUGACUAAUCCAGGAGCUCCAUCACGAGAACCCUGGGAACUGGUAUGUUCUGGUCAAACUUCAUAUACCAUAUCCCUACACUGGUAUCGUUUCACCCCUGGUCUUACAGGUAGUUUACUCACUGGAUACCUCAUAUCAUACCAAGCAAUCAAGCCACCUGAUCCAACAAUAUACAAUAAAACCAUAGCAGGUUUUAAAUAUAAUUAUAUCGUGGAAGGAUUAAAGGGGUAUACAAACUACUCGUUCGAAAUGUACGUCUAUAAUCCAUGGGGCCGCAGCAAAACAUCAAAAGUUGAAUGUAGAACAGAAGAAGGAAAGCCUUUGGCAUCACCAGGAAAUCUUAUUGGUAUAUCCAAAGUUGCACAUGACAAAUUACAUCUAAAAUGGGACGUCGUUCCCGACAUCCAAAUGGCUGGUAUACGCCGUGGUUACACCAUUACGUAUAAAAAGACUAGGGAAAUUGGGGAAUUGGUUGCAGAAGAAGAGAAACGUAUCGAUAUUUUUGAUCCACAAAAAACAGAAAUGGUCGUAACCGGGCUCGAAGCAUACUCUCAGUAUUCUUUCUCUGUGAGAGUUUUUAAUUCGAAGUUCUUUGGCGAUUACAGCGAAAAGAUUUAUGCAGAAACAUGCAAUUGCCUCGAAGAUUUUUACAUGAACUGGUGUAGUUACAUGCCGUAUGUCAACACUUCAGACACUGGAAUAUUCCCCCCAUUAAUCCGCAGCGCUAUCUACGAUGUAUGUGGAAAUUGUUCUGAGUUUGGACAACCGAAAUUAUAUUUUGAAACUGAUCUGACUGGCUCGUCCGCUAGAAAGUCUGGUCUCGUCAAUGUGAAGCAAAAUAUCAGGAAUGAAAAUCAAAUAAAUUUCCCUCUUAUCGGUCGUAAAGAUUCGAAAACGUUUUUGCCAAUGGUUGACAGUCCAGGAAGUGUGUUUGUGACACUUAAACCUAGUUUAACGAUGACUGUGGAAUAUAUGUUCAUAGAGACCGUCAUUGGUACAUUCCCUUUGCUUGGCUUUGCAGUAAUCACUGCCUCGUUGGCUGGGAUAAUUAUGUGGUGUCUGGAAUCGAAGAAAAACACCAAAGACUUUCCAGAAUCGUAUAGUCGUGGUACUGGCGAAGGAUUUUGGUGGGCUUUCAUCUCCAUGACAACUGUUGGCUAUGGUGAUCGAGUUCCUAUCACAAUACAAGGCAGAAUAUUUUCAAUACUAUGGACGUUAUAUGGCCUUGUUAUAACUGGAAUGCUUGUGGGAAAUUUAACUUCGGCAUUAACAGCUUCAGUUGCUUUUAGUGUUCAUGAAGUUGAUCUUUAUCAUGCUAAGAUUGCUGCAAUUGAAAAUACUUCGGAGUUUAAACUGGGGUUAGCCAAAGGUGCCAUUGUCAAUAAAGGAAGGAAUUAUUCGGACAUCUUGACAGUGCUUCACGCAGUGAAAGUUGGCAGAGUUCAGGGGGCAUUAUUGGACAUGUAUGUUGUUGCGAGUCGUCCAGAACUAAUAACGAAAGACAGUCCUUAUAUGGUAAAGACUGUCAUUGAAAAUCCUUCCACUUAUGGCAUCGAGUUAGCUGGUCAUGCUACGAAACUAAGGAAACCAUUUUUGGCAUUUCUUCAAAACAAUGCUGCUUUAGUUUCCAGGAUUUUGGAGGAGCAAACGAAUCCUGUCAAGGAAUCUGAAGUUGACGUUGACCUAUCAGCAAAUUCCGGGGAAAACGACAUCAAUGUUUUAGCUCCAGAUUCACCAAUGAUUAAACAACCUUUAUUGUAUUCAACAAUCGCCCUGUGUGUCGCUUUCGUAUCUGGCUUUAUCUUGUAUUUCACGUUAUGCAAACGACGUCGAAAAGCAUUAAAUCACGUGGAUGAAUCAGGCAACGUAGAUCUUAGUCAACAUAAAAUGAAGUACAAAAUAAAUCCUGGAUUGGCAAGUUUCUAUAUAAACCAGUGUUAUAAUUGGUUGGUUUUUCAAAGAAAUGGCUGUAAUAUGGGAAGAGUUGUCAACUCUAAUUUUUCCCGUUUUAUUGAAACUGAAUUAAAAAUGUUUUCACGUGCUGGUUGGUGGCUAUCUGGUUAUUUUAAUGGUCUGGUUGAUCCGUUUAUGAUGUGCGAAAAGACGUGGUAAAUUUACGAGGCA